GAGCUCACCUGCGGCGAGGGCGGGUGGCCAUGGCGUACUCCACCGUGCAGAGGGUGGCCCUGGCCUCGGGGCUCGUCCUGGCUGUGUCGUUGCUUCUGCCCAAGGCCUUUUUGUCCCGCGGAAAGCGGCAGGAGCCACCGCCGCUCACCGAAGGGAAGUUGGGUCGAUUUCCACCUAUGAUGCAUCAUCACCAGGCACCCUCAGAUGGCCAGACCUCUGGGGCUCGCUUCCAGAGGUCUCACCUUGCAGAGGCCUUUGCAAAGGCUAAAGGACCAGGUGGAGGCACUGGAGGAGGAGGUAGUGGAAGAGGCCUGAUGGGGCAGAUUAUUCCAAUCUACGGUUUUGGGAUUUUUUUGUAUAUACUAUACAUUUUAUUUAAGCUCUCAAAGGGGAAAAGUACUGCAGAGGAUCGGAAGUGCUCUACUGCCACACCUGGAAGCACCCACAGGAAAAUUACCAAUUUUGAGCUUGUUCAACUACAAGAAAAACUGAAGGAGACAGAGGAAGCCAUGGAAAAACUAAUCAACAGAGUGGGGCCUAAUGGUGAGAGAGCACAGGCCGUGACUUCUGACCAAGAAAAACGAUUGCUGCAUCAGCUCCGAGAAAUCACCAGGGUCAUGAAAGAAGGAAAAUUCAUUGACAGACCCACUCCAGAGAAAGAAGCUGAGGAGGCCCCUUACAUGGAGGACUGGGAAGGUUACCCUGAAGAGACCUAUCCAAUUUAUGGCCUUUCAGAUUGCAUCAAGCGUAGGCAAGAAACAAUCCUGGUGGAUUACCGUGACCCAGAAGAGCCCUCUGCCGAGGAAAUAGCUGAAAGAAUGGGAGUGAUAGAAGAAGAAGGAUCAGGCCAUUUGGGGUGGGAAAUGCCUACUGACCCCAGAGCUCAGGAAGAUAAUUCUGUUACCUCAUGUGACCCAGAGGCAGAAACAUGUUCCUGCUGUUUUCAUGAAGAAGAGGAUCCCGCUGUCUUGGCAGAGAAUGCUGGAUUUGGUGCAGACAGUUACCGUGAGCAAGAGGAGACCACCGAAGAGAUGUGGCCCCGCGACUCGAGAGAUGAAGGGCCAGGCGCCAGUGCUGAUAAAGCAGGAGGGGGCAUGCUGAGGAAGCGGGACCCCCACCGUUCAGAGUACAGACAGCCAGUUUGGUGAGGUGCCCAUUACUGUAGUCCCAAGGUGACCUUUCUCUCCUCUCUGAUUUCAUCCUUGGCCCUGUGCCCUGUAUUUCAUUCUCUGUGUUUAAAUAUCAUAGACAAUCAGGCCACUGCCAUGGAUAUCAUGUGUCCUUCCUGGUGCUUACACACCUGUCACCUGUAAAACAUCACAGUAAUCGGUAUGAACACAGACAGCUUCCCUGUCUCUCGUCCUGCCUUUCCUCCAUCAGAGAGUUGAUCCACUGAGUAAUUUUCUGUCUGUUGUAAUUACAGAUGGGACCACCCAGGGCAGAGGUCUGACUCUUCGUGUUAGGAGUAACAGACGGUUUACCUGUGAACAGACAUCAGUUUAUACAUGAUGAGGACUUAAGGUUGUAAGAGUGAAGAUUUCAGAGUCCAAAGUACCUUAUUCUGUGGGCCUUGAGCAGGUUAGUAGUACGCUGAGCUCAAGAAGAAAACCUUCUGUUAGUGGGGAUGGUGGGGCCAGAGCAGGGUAAGACUCUGCUGUCUGAACUGAAGCCCCUUUCUCACAGCAAGGCCCUUUUUAGGGGCACCCAGGCUGCCUCAGAUCUCCACUUUUCUCCAGAGUAGAAGACUCCCACUGACCUGAGAAUGAACCUAGAGGCUUAUUGGGGGAUGGUUUUGCUCUACCAUUGCCUGGAUCUCUAGCUUCCUUUAUCCCUGUUCUGCUUAACAGAACUGCCAAAUGCAUAAGUACCUUUGUACCUCUGGUCUUCAGUGGCCAGAGGAAACUUGAGUUAGAGACUUUAGUCCUUGCCCUGCAGAGCCAAGGUUUGAGGCUUCAGGAAAGCCUGCCGAAGGGUGGUGGUCCUGCCGUGAGAUGCUCAGAAGGCCAGGGAGCCGGUGAUGGGGAGAGAACCCAUGCGCUUAUAGGCAGUCCUUGCUUAGAUGCUGUUUCUGAAUGUUGUACCCUCUGGGAAGUUUGUUCUCACAACAAAUUCAAUUGAAACAGAAACGAGGAGGACCGAGCCUAUAGACCAAGUGCCAGCUCAGCAGGGAAGUUGCAGGGACCCAAUGUAGCAGUGCCCGGGAAGAGACCAUUUGUUCCAUAUGUGGAUAUCUGAGUCUGUUGAGAAAGCUGGGCAAAGUAGGAGGUAGGUUAGGACUGGGAGGAUUGUGACCAAACCAAAAGCCUAUCUCUGAGCUGCGAUCUGUCACGCGUCUCCUUGAGGUAAGAUGUAUUCUGUCUAGUAAGGAUGAGUGAAUUCAGUUUACAGGUAAGACCUAAGAGUUUAAAGAGGACACAUUCCUGAGGAUAUUCCCAGUCAUGGAAUGCAGAAGACUUGAAAAUUAAGAAAUCAUGUAAAGGUAGACUUGGCUUUUAGAGUUCCAUUGUGCCUGGCAUGAGCAAGCGGCCAGGAAGAUCGUUUAAUCACUGUUAAAUCACAUAAGCAUACACACUGCUGUCACAGGUACAGGAUCGUAUCAAGAUAAUGUAUCAGCUACUGCUGUGAAUUUGUUAGUUAAUGACUACAGAGAAAAGUCACUGAAGACUGAGUCUAUAGAAAGCAUAUUGUCUCUAUCUCUGUGUGGAACAUUUGAUUCACUUGUAAAGAAUACAGUUUAAAAUGUACUGAAAACAGUCUAGAUGUAAUGUAAUGCUGAAGGUAAAAAAUAAUGUAGGUGCUCUUUACUGUUUCGAAAAAUUAUUUUUCGUGUUGUUUCUCUUCAUUCACAAUGAGGGGUUGAUUUAUGAGAAGAGUUCUGGGAGCCUGUUUCGAGUUUCUUAUUUGCCUUAGGAUAUGAUUCCCUUAUUAGAGGUAUGUAUUUGUUUCCUUCUAGCUUAUUCACUCAUUUAUUCAUUCAGCAGACACUGCUCGCUAGGCAGUGGGAACAGAAGGCUCAAUUCCUACCUUUAAAAAAAACUCAGUUGAAUGUGGGAGCCGUAUCCAAUUUAUUUUUAAAAAUGAACUGUGAACUAUAAAAGGGCUCAAGAUCGAGAAUUCUGCAGGCACAGAAAUGUUGGUCACAAUUCCAUCCUUGUCUAUUCUAGUUGUAGAAUCUGGCCAGUUCCUUAACCCCAAGAACCUUGGCUUUCUCAUUCUAAAGCUGGCGGGUCAAAGUCCAGGUCUCACAGGGUAGUUAUGAGGAUUAAAUGAAAUCGUCAGUGCCUGUAAAACAGCACUAUCCUAUCUCAUACAGGAUAACCACUCAAUAAGCGGUAGCCACUUUACUUUUAUUGUACAAGGUUUUAUGCUGUAUCUGAGAUACGGACCCAAAUCUAUAGGAGCACAAAAAAAGAUCAUUUUUGCUAAAGUACUUCAAGAAACUUCACAGAGGAGGUGGGUCUUGAGGGAUGCUAAGAACUCCAGCUGUGCAAGGAAGAGAAAGGACAUUCUUGGCAGAAAGAGUGGUGUUAGAGCAGUGGGGUGUGAAAGUAAAAGGACGAUGUUCAGGUAUUUUGAUGAGGCUGGUAUGUAAGGUGUCACAUAACCAACUCUUUUUUUGGAAUGUUAAUCUUUGGGGGAAAUUGGCUUACGGAAAUAGUUCCUGCUGGAAGUACUAAGACCUCAUGAUAGCUCUUGCUGCCCUGGAUCUUGGUGGGUUUGUAUAGCAGGAAUAUAUUUAUGUAUUUAUAUUUCAAAAAUUUUAAUGUACUUUUCAAUAAUUUCAGAUUAGGCGGUCCUUUUUGGAUUUUUCAGAAUUAUGUUAUUCUUCAGGGAUGACAAUUAUAUUUGUAUAUACGAUCCAGGAGGACCAGAAGCAUGGGACUGGCUUUUGCUGUCAUGCCUGCUGUCUCUUUCCUCCUGGUCUUCAUUUCUGCAGAACUGAUCUGGGCUGAGUCCCCUGGCACUAGGUCUGCAGUGACUUUCAGGCACCGUCACAGAGCACAGUCAUACCUCUGGGGACAGAUAGCUGGCCCAGGAAACAACCGCAUCACCUGGGACCAUGCUUGGUAAAUCAGGCGGGUGAUCCGGCCAGGAGAUCCCCUUUCCUGGUCAGAAUAAGGGCACAAGGAGAGUACCUCCUUAGUUCCAGGACUAGUGCUAUGUGAGCUCAGGAGCCAGGCCCAGAGAGCUGCAUCGAGGAGUGCGGGCACGUUUGGCCUCUAGAAGAGAUGGCUUGUGAGGACCCCACUCUCUGCACCCUCUAUGGCCUGGAUGAUCCAAUGACUUAUGGUCCAGUCUGGGACACUUUGGGAAAAGGGAGCUUUAAUUACGCCAGGAUAAUAGCUGUAAACUAGGACUCUCCAUGGACCCUGUCCAGGGCUAUUUACGAGAUUUGUCUUUAACCUGACCACUAAACAACGAAAAUCUCUUUCCUUUUUAGUAGUGCUCUGCAAAAAUGUUAUUUCCCAGAGGCAGAGCCAAGGAGAGAGGCCACAGUUCAGGUAGGAAAUGCUGUUGACCACACUAAAAACUCCAAAUCUGGGGUAAUAAAUAAACCAACCCUACUUAUUACCACACUCUUAAGAUUCCCUCAACCCAGACUAUUUAUGUACCAAAGGAAAAUCUAAUACUUCAGCUACCCAGCAAUGAGAAAAACGUGAAGUAUCACAGACUUUGCCUUGACCAUUUUCACACAAGUGUUUCUAAAAUGUACCUAACCUUGUUUUUCCUUUCCCAUUUUCUUAUACAAAGUAAAUAGGCCAAAUUUCUCCUUUUUCUUGAUUACCCCUUAACUUCUCUAAGCACCAGUUUCCUCACUUAUGCGUUGGGAAUAAUACCCCCCUCGCAAUGCUGUGUGUAGUGUCUGUCCAGGGUGUAGCCUGUGCUAGGUGCUCACGCCAGUGCCAUCAACAGCAUCACACUCUGUCAUCAAGUCCUGUGCUGCUGGGCUGUCGCCCUUGACACCCUCCAAGGCUACCCUGACUGCUGGGAAUGGCCCAGAGCACAGGUCCUGCAAUCUCUGGGUGACUUCAGUUUUGACCUCCUCCCUCAGGAUCAGACCCAUAGCCUUCCUGUCUGCUUCCAGCCACAACUGCAGCCUCCCUUGCUGUUGGCUUCAGAUCUGCCACAGGCCGAAAAGAAAAUUCCCAAGUGUGUAGUGUGUCCAAGUCCUGUUUAAACAGGUUAGGCUGCUCUGCAUAGGGCUAGAGGAACCCAGUGGCUGGGUCUUCAUGUUAUUUCUACCACUUGGGCCUUUCUCACCUUUUUUCAGCUCUACGGCCCUGUUUUUGUUCGUACGGGGCAGGCCCACAGGGGUUUACUUAGGAAGCAGCAGCCCAUUCUUCCAGCUGGCACAGCGGACCCUGCAGAGGAUGCUCUAACUUAAGUACCUUCUGUCCUUACCCUUCUUCUAGCCCAUCCAGCCUCUGCGUGUGUGGUUCUGACCAUCCUUAAACUUGACGAGCACGGCCAGAGGGAAGACAGUUUCCACCCAUAUGUGAUGGUUUCUAUACAAGCUAUGAUCCCUUGUUACCACCACCUCCUGCCCACCCCUGAGGCUCUUAGGACAGAAGGAAUGAGUGAUGUAGGAAAAAACUUUUAGGUAAGAAACAUGUCUUUUUCUUUUAUAGGGGGAAAAAAGUGCACAGCAGUGUUGAAACAGGUCAAGUUUAAUUUGUUGAUACAUGGUUUGUGGUCUGUACUUAGACAAACACUAAGUUCUACAACAUACAUAAUGUCAACAUGGGAAAAUACCAACUUUGUCAUUGCACAUACCAAUAAAUAAAUACAUUUGCUCCA